CGUUGAUGGAACAGCUGCGGUUGUUGUUGUCAUAUGAUACAAUGUCCAUGUACAAUAAUUACUUGUUAAUUGUGUUAUAUUCAAAUGGGUAAAUAUCUAACGCAGCAUAACACAAACCAUUCUGACAUUCUGCUGCACUAUUAUUCUGAUAACAUUGUUGUACACUGCGUGUUGUCAGAUUAUUAAACAAUGUUAUUAAAAAAAUAUAACACAAUACAAAAAACACAAAAAACAAGAUUUUAUCUUGUUUUUUGUGAGUUUGACACAGUAUUAUUUAUACGUAAGUUCUCGUCAAAACGAAAAAUUUAUCGAACCUAGAUAUGCCACAGUUUUGGUUAACUAACAAACGAUAUAACAAAAAACUUUUUAUUUCUAUAGAUUCUUUUAAAUAUCUUUGAACAAUAUUGUGGAAACAUCUGAAAUGUUCAGCCCAAAGGAAUAAUUUUCAGAAUUGUACGCUCAACAUUUUUUAGGUGUCUAUAGACUAAGGUUAAAAAUCAAUUAACUAUUUUUCCACCUGUGGCGGGGGGGGGGGGGGGNCGGCUACCCUAUAUUAGAAGGCCACCCACUGUAUAAGGCUAUGUUCGGACAAAAGUUUAAACGCCCUGUUAGAAGGUCAUGGCCUUCUAAUAGGUUUGUUUACAUGAAUGAAUGAGAAAGACAGACAAAAUAGUAAAAAAUCGAAAGAGAAAAUCAAAUUAACUACAGCACAAUCGCGGAUAUCGUGCACUAGACUAGUGUCAUCAGCCUGGUCACACUGAACAGUAUUGAUCCAAUGGCAUCAUUUCUUGAACUGAGAUACGUAUGGAAUGAUAACAGUCUGGUACGAUCUCGAAGCAUACCAGGCUAUUGUUUUGAUCCGACCAAUGCCGAUUAUUCGACCAACAAAGAUCCAAGUAUAGCCGAUGAUAAACGUAUUGAAGAAGAAGCUCGUAAAGUCACAGAACAGCAUAAUCGAAAUCUUGACAAGAAUCUUUAA